AUGUCACAGUCACCAUUGCUGAUUGAAGGUCCAAAAUUUCCAUUCUUCAAUUUUGAAUUUUCAUCAAAUUCUUUCCAUUUAUCACAAAGAUUCGUUAUAAAUAAUCAACCAAUAUAUUUAUAUGAUUCUAAUCCUACUGAGGAUGAAGAAUGCAAUCUCGAUAAAUCGUUAAAUAAUGAUGAACCGCUGGAGCACACUAUCCGUACUGCUACAAGCGUUUGGGAUGCUAGUUUAAUUCUUGCAAAAUUUCUUGAGAAACAAUUUUAUGAAAAUAAAAUCAACUUUAAAGAAAAAAAUUUUAUUGAACUCGGAUCUGGUACAUCAAUUCCAUCAAUAACUUCUUCAAUCCUAGAUGCAAAACAAGUCACAAUAACAGAUGCACCAAGUGUGAUUCCCCAAAUAAAAAAAAUAAUUAAAUUAAAUGGUUUAUUAAAAAAACCUUUAAAUGUUGAACCUUUGGAUUGGGUGAAUGGAAAAGAGCACCUAGAAACUUUGAAAAAUAGUCGUUGGGAUUAUAUCUUAGGAUCAGAUAUAGUAUGGGUUGAUUACUUGAUUAAGCCGUUAAUUAAAGUUAUUGAUGUUUUAUCAACACCUUCUUAUACCAAACUCUUAAUCUCCCAUCAAUCACGUACUGUGAGAUGUGACAAUCUCUUUUUUAGUGGCUUAAAGAAUUUAGGUUGGAAUCUUGAUAAAAUCUCGCAUGACGAGUUGAAUUGGGAAGAAGGUUUCGUGAAAGAUGGUGUGGAAAUUUAUUAUGGACAUAAAGAAUAG